AUGUCGCACGCACGAGUCGAGGAGCUGUCCGACUCGGACCCAGACAUCGACGACCCAUCCGACUUCCUCCCACACUCGGACGAGCACAUCAUCCGGCCCGCCGCCGCAAGCCACUCCUCGCAAACCCAUACAUCGCCCUCCUCCUCUUCCGGGAUGAACCCGACGCCUUUCCGACCCCCUCCUGCCUCCACGCCCCAAAUCCGCCAGCAGACUCGCGAAGAAAUCAAGCGGUUCCAGACGCUAUACCCGGUGUACUUUGACAGCACGCGGUCAAAAAAGCAGGGGCGGCGGGUGUCGUCGCAGCUGGCAAUUCCGAACCCGUUGGCCUGGCAGGUUCUGUGCGCGGUGCGGUUCGCGGUCGGCGAGAACGUGUUUAGGAUGGCGUUUGAGCCCGAGAAGACGCACCCCAAAGACUGGGCCAAUCCGGGACGGGUCAAGCUGCUCCUGAAAGACCCCGACACACACGCACCACUCAACAGCCAGAUACGGAGCAAAGCGCAGCUGUACACCAUAAUUGGCAAGUGGCUGAAGGAGAACCCCACAACAAAGGAGGCACCUCUCGAAUUACGACUGCAGGGGCUGCCGAUCCCCGAGAACUUCUUGCAGACAGAGGUCGCGGUGCCGCGGGGGUGGAAGAUGGGCACGAUCCUCCCCGUGCAUUCGUCGGCCGUGAGUGGAGGGGGGGUCAGGGACGAUUUCUUCAAGGAGGCUAUGGAGGAGCUGAGGCAUGCGCAGAGUCAGGGUCAUCUACCGGGUGGUGGGCCUGGAGGCGGUGGUGGAGGAGGAGGAGGAGGCAUGCCCGAUAUAAACGCGCUACAGAGCAUGAUGAACGGCAUGGGCGGGAUGGGCGGCCUGGGUGGUAUGAUGGGCGGUGGCGGUGGUGGAGGCGGAGAGUCGAGUGGUAAGAAAAAGAAAGACAAGAAAAAGACUUGA